UAUUCAUGAGGGGAGUCGGCACUCCAUGUUCCUGCAUAUUUAUAGGAUUUAUGUAAAUUACGCACGUGAAGAGUACUGUAUACCGAUAGUUUAUGUUAAUUGUGGCAACGCAGGUUUCAAGAAAGCAAGCGCAAGGAGAAUUUGGGGUUAGUUUAUCUGUGCCUUAAACGAGUAGCUCUUGCUGAACGUUUUGAGUAUCCUAUCUGCGAGUUCUCGUACUGAUCUGUUAAUAGGUCUUCCAGUUUAAAGUCGGAGGGGGGAGGCUAUUAAAAAAAACAAGAACAGCAUCAUCAUCCACAGCAGUGCAACAAGUUUUGGGAGCGGCUAUACACGCGGCGGGAUCAGUCACAGGUUAUAGCGCCUUUGACAGGGAGUAGCGGCGUGGCUGAUCUGUGGGAAGGCUUGUCGCCUGUUUAGAGUAACUGUGCUCAGGCCAUAACCCGCUGGGUCUGACAAUCAAAACAGUCCCGCUGCUCUCGCUACAUGCCGAGUGCAUGUGACUCUGCGUUGCCCAGCAUUCAGCAUGAAGCUUGCGGAGACGAGAGAGGACCCGAGGUGCGCUGAAACCAUGGAGAAGACAGCGGAGACUUCCAAACGACAGUACUGCUGCGGCACCUUCGUCAACGUUCUGGCCGGCUUGUUUUCUUUUGUUUCCUUUGCAUACUGUAUUUUACUGAGUGUGCAGACAUCUGAGAUCAAAACAAGGGUGGCGGAACUGGAAACCGGGAAUGGGGAGCUUCUGUAUCACCAGGUUCCCGGGUUCUCCAUGGAUCAGUUUAAUUCUCUGAUACAACAGAGAGUGGAUGAACUUCUGUCUCAGCGAUCUUACGAGCAUCUGACCAAGAUAAGGACUGUCCGUGAAGCGCCACCUGAAUGCAACUGCCCACCAGGCCCUCCGGGGAAGAGAGGAAGACGAGGAAGGGAUGGGGACACUGGGCCACCUGGUCCACCUGGUCCAAAGGGCGACAAGGGGGAUCAAGGAGACCAGGGCCCGCGGGGUCUGCCUGGCCUUCCCUCGCUGGCGGCUUUGCACAGCAAUCAGAUCCUGACCGUCAAGAUGGUCUUCCCUAAGAUCAAUCAUGGCUUUCUUUCCGCUGAUCAGCAGCUCAUAAAACGCCGGCUGAUUAAGGGAGAUCAGGGUCAAGCUGGCCCUCCUGGGCCUCCUGGCCCCCCAGGUCCACCUGGCCCCAGGGGACCCCCGGGGGACACCGGCAAAGAUGGCCCUAGAGGAGUACCAGGGCUUCCGGGUGACCCCGGAGCCUUGGGAGACACAGGCCCAAUGGGACCUGAGGGACCGCCGGGGCCCAAGGGCUCUCUUGGCUCGCCAGGAAUUCCAGGUGCUGAUGGGCAGAAGGGAGAGACGGGCUCCUCUGGAAUCGAUGGGACCCCUGGUGUCAAGGGUGAAAUGGGAGAACAGGGUGAAAAGGGCGACAUGGGCGAAGAGGGGCUGAAGGGUGAGGUGGGCGAGAAGGGGGAUGCAGGAUCAUCUGCUGCUGGCAUUAAGGGCGAACCUGGAGAACCAGGCCGCGUGGGACAUAAGGGAGAACCAGGACUCCCAGGCCUGCCCGGACUUCCCGGGAUCAAGGGUGAACCUGGAUUCCUAGGACCUCAGGGAGAACCAGGUUUACCAGGGCUGCCAGGAACUAAGGGCGACCGAGGGGAAGCAGGCCCACCAGGGAAAGGUGAACGGGGCGAAACUGGACCCAAGGGGCAGAAGGGGGUGCAGGGAGAAGCUGGGACUCCAGGUCACAAAGGGUCGAAGGGGGACACUGGAGAUAAAGGAGAGUUGGGCUCCAUGGGACCACGGGGUCCACCUGGGCAGAAAGGUGACCAAGGAACCACGGAGAUCAUUGAUUACAAUGGAAACAUCCAGGAAGCUCUGCAGAAGAUUACCACUAUUACAGUAACGGGUCCGCCAGGACCAGCUGGCCCCACAGGGCCGCCGGGGAUCAAGGGGGAGCAAGGUCCACAAGGACCUCCAGGUUUGGAUGGAGAACGGGGCUUGAAAGGUUCCAAAGGAGACACAGGAAUUUCAGGAACAACUGGAGAGAAAGGGGCUAUUGGCCUGCCUGGCAUGCCGGGUGUUAAUGGCUUGAAAGGAGAAAAGGGUGACCUUGGCCUGCCAGGUCCACAAGGACCCUCGAUCAUAGGCCCUCCUGGACCCCCUGGCCCCCACGGCCCCCCAGGCCCCAUGGGUCCCCAUGGGUUUCCUGGAGCAAAGGGAGAACCUGGUUUGCAUGGUAUGAAGGGAAUACGCGGGGAGCCAGGCCAAAAGGGUGACCGGGGAUCCCUGGGCCUCCCUGGGGCGUCCGGCUUGGACGGCAAGCCUGGAGUCAGGGGAAUGGAUGGGCCUGCUGGGCCCACGGGUCCAGCUGGGCCAAAGGGAGACCGGGGCGAAAAAGGAUCAUCAGGGGAACCUGGGCCCAGAGGACCCUACGGAUUACCUGGUACUGCCGGUUCACCAGGACAGGAUGGGGAGAAGGGAAAGAAAGGCAAAAAAGGGCCUAAGGGGGAGAAAGGAGAACAGGGUGCCCCUGGAUUAGAUGCACCCUGCCCAUUGGGUCCUGACGGGCUGCCGAUGCCUGGGUGCUGGCAGAAGGGAGUCACACCUUGGCUGGUGGCUUGAACAGAUUUGAUCACCAGGCAAUAGAGACGGGUCACUCUUUUUCUUUAUUGUGGCGAUGCCCUCAAAGUUGGAGACGCAGGCUCCCCCUGGGCCAGCUCUCGUGCCGCGCCAGGUUAUGCGGAGGAGCCCAUGUCCACUUACAGCACGGUGUUGCAAACAGCACCAGUCAUUGGCUUAGCAGGGAGAUGUGGGCGUUUCACAGCCCUGUGUACAGCCUAUCAGAGUGUGGACUAAGUUCAGCAUCGACUUGGAUCAUCACUCUCUGGGGAAGGAUAGGUAAAUGUACCCUCGAUGCAGAAUUCCUCAGUGAGGGAAAAGGUAUGUCACAGGAUGAAGUUCACAGUCAUCUCUUCAGAAACCAAAUAGGCCUCUUCAAUGGACUUUGGUCUUUGCUGAGAUACCUGAGUUUGAAUGUAGGGGGAAACAUCAACACAGUCUACUGAGAUGAUGUCAAUGGAACUAUUAUUUCAAAUGUCUUUUUUGCCAUUGUAAUUGUUUGCUUUUUUUUUGUUGUUCAUUCCUUUUGUUGGAAGUACAAAUAUUUUAACAUGCUUUGAGUAAUAAGUACACUCUGAUUAUUAAAGAAUGAUAAUCUAGUUAUGUACAAUACUACAGUAUUAAACCACAGUUGUACUCAGUGUUUUAUGUUAUGAACAAUUAUUUUUGUUUUUGUUUGUUCAUUUGAUGUACUAAAUGUUUUCAGCAGAGAUAGUUCACGUAUAAGGUCAUGGAGACUGACAAGAAACAUAGAUUACAAACUUGUAUGGAUUUUUAUCAAAAGUAUAAUUGGAAAAGAAUAUUUUUUGUUGAAAUAUAAAAUAGUGUGUCGCAGUUAAUGCCAAGAGCUCCGCAUCUGAAUUUUGUUAAUCACUGCAAUUAGGAUUAAUCAAGCCUUUGUUCAUUUUCAAGAAUCAAGAAUGUGCAGACUAUCUUCAAUGUUAGUGUGUAACUGUGUAGAGACGUCACUUUUAGGGAAUGAGGAAGAUUUCUGAAAAGCUAUUUUAUUUCCACAGUAUGAGUUUUAGUUUACUGCUUUGGAACACAAGGGAGAAGUUAAAAUUAGACCUUGGAGCAAGCCAGACCUUGUUCAGUUUUAUUUAUUUUUUGCUGUCAAAAAGUCAAUUCUUGGCUUUACACGUAAACAAGAUUUCAGCAGAAACUGCAGUUUAAAAAAAUUGGUCCUUUGAAGGCUAGUUUAAAGCAACGGUAGAAUGUGUUGCAUUAAUCACCGUUCUUUUUGUGCGUGAGGAGGUUGUCUCUCAAUAGCACAGUGCCAAAAUGGUCCACCAGACCAUUCUGAAUUAGGGGAUUGAAUCAAAGUUUCAAUGGUACAUUUUAAUGGUACAGUCUUGUUGGACAGCAACUGACAAGGGUCAAUCAGAGUGGGAUGUUAAUGGUAGAUAUUCCGUACAUUAAUAUUACUCCAGAGAGGACAGAAUGAAUCGGUUAUUGGGUGGAUUUUGACUCAUACUGAAGUUAGUUGUGCAUGGCAAAUUUGUCACCUUACAUUCCAGUGCAGGCUGUAGCUUGUUUUUUUUCCAGGUUUAUUUCAGUAUCGUAAGAAAAAGGCUGCAGCAGUUAAGUAUAAUCAUCUUACAGCUUCAAGAUGUUUUGUUUAAUCUGAGCAUUUUAACUGUUUUAGCCAUGUCAAUCACCUGAAAGCAAACAGCCAUACUGACACAAUGGAAAUAACAGUAUGUAGUAAUUGUUCUUAAUGCCUGCGCACCGUUUUCGCAUUAAAACUGAAGCAUAAAUGUACAAAUAAUGCUUAAAAUAAUGCUAAACAUUGAUGUUCAGUAAACUUGAUUACUUUGUAUAGGCUUUACCGUGGUUCAAUGACUGAAUGACCCAUUUUUUCGGCAAAAUUGUUUUCUUUUUCGAUGUAAAUGUUUUUUGUUUUUUUUUUUUUAAGCCUGAAAUGAUUUUGUUCUUUGGUGUUAGUAAUGGUGCGAUCAGCUUCUGAAAGGCACUGAAGGAAAUGUCCUAGGUAUAACCAUCAGUCUAUCAGGCAAAAGAUAUUGUGUGUGUGCGUGUUUACGAUAAUUUAGCGUAUUGCGUAUACUUUUAUAUUUGUAUUGUGACUUUAAAUGGUACAUUAUUUAUUUUUAUACGUAUUCAUCAUAUUAGUUUUAAUCAGGCAUUCCUUGUGACAUGGGGGUAUUCAAGGUCCUUAUACCAGCGCAUGUAUUUCUGUUUCCUAAUUUAAUUUAUCAGAGUCUACGGAGGUGACCUCACAUUUGGACAGGACACACAUGCAUCCUCAACUGCUAUUUUGCUGUAAUCGAAUAAUACGGUAAUUCACCGUUCUCUUGUGGAGUAAUCUGAUUGUUGGUGGAGGACACAUUAGAAUGAUGUGAUCAAUAUUCAUUUUGUAUUGCAUAACAUUAUACAGAGCAUUUCAUGUCCAUUAUUUGGUUUGACUUUUGUACCGUCAACAUAAUUAACUGUAGACGUUGAAUAUUAUACAUUGAAUAAAAGGUAUAUUGCUGUGGAGGUUGCAUCACAUGACCAAGGUCAUAUGAUUUGUCAGUUCAAUGGCAGUGAGGGCGUGCCAGCUCUAGGUUUGUCGUGGUUUCUGGGUGGGUUCUACAUUUCCAUUGUUAUGAAUUAUGGGUACAGCUUUGGCAUUUCUUCAACAACUCUGCGUGGUACUCCUGUGUCAAAACAAAGACUGAGCCACCAUUCAGAACCAGGCAUUUUCCCAUUAAAUACACACACACACAAACACACAUAUACACGAUGCCCUGUAUCUGCCCAGUACACAGUUAUAUGCAAAUGGCAGAGUUUGAAUCUGCAUUUGUUUUUUCUCUUGCAGCAUUAAUAAAUCACCUGUAACUGUCUAAGAUAAUUAUGAAUCACCUACGGAGACAUUGUUUUUUUUGACACAGUGGUUCUUCUGCUGUGUACCGAUUUCUCUUUUAUUUCGAUUUCAUUCUUUGUCUUGAAAUUGAAUUUAGAUUUUGAACUUGUUGAGGUGCAGAUAUGUGACUCAGUUUUCAUUAAUGUGAGGGAAGAAGCAACAAACACAGAAGCGUAUUUUUACCUGAUUACAUGAAUACCAUACAUUCUCAACUGCAUUUGUAUAUACAAUUGUAAUUACAGUUGUGUUACACUCACUGCAUCAUUGUUUGGUGAAAAGGUAAUUGCAUUAGGUUGUGAAGGUUAGCUCUUGCGAUUAAAGUCACCAGCCGAUCUGUUUGCUUUCUGGGCCUUUGUAAUUCUGGCUCCUCACAAAGAGCCAUCCUCAGCACAACCGAAUUUAAUUCUACGCCUUCCUUCACUGGAAUUUCCCUGAUGGAUUUAUUGAAUUGUCUGCCGGUCUUUCUGAACUUGACACCAAGCAAGGUCCCUGACGACCUCAGGAUAAUCUGCAUGACAAAAAUAGACUUGUGUGUUGAAUUCUAUCACCGCUUGCCUACAGUAUGUUCCACUGUUUCUAUGCGAGUCCCCUGCCACUACCCCCCCCCCCCCCAUAAACAUUAUAUAAUAUUGUUAUAAUUCACUACUGCAGCAGAAUUUGAGCUGUCUGAAUUUUUCUACAUUGGUGUUAUUCCUCUUAAUAGUAUUUCCUUUGGCAGUAAUCCGAAGCUCAGAAUUUGUAUUUAAUGUUGUCGUUCCCAAUGCUGUUAUCUGGCUGUGAACCUUGUGAAUGCUGGUAUACACCAUCACACUGUAAAAUGUCAAUAUCCAGAGAUCUAUGGUGAGUAUUCAGGCUUUUGAGUUCUCAGUUCAUAUGAAGUGCAUUCAGAGCUGAGGAUAAUGAUCUGUGAACUUGGCCACACUGUUGGAGCUGAAGGCCUUGCUGCGCAAACAAGGUGACACGCGGAUGUCAUUUUUCUGUCCAACGUAACUCUUUAAAAGUUUUGUUUUAGGGUCUUGGGUUGAGCACUCUAAGUUUAUUUUCCUUUUUUGUAUUUGGUUUAAUUUGUCAUCGACAUCCAUCUUUUUCAUUUUCAUUCUUAAUGUUUGUAUUUCUCGGUUUGCUGAUGCUUCCAGAUUUGGCAAUUAUUUCACAUUAUUUCAGAGGCAUUUCAUGAGGCUGUACUGUUGGAACCAAAUAAAUUCACUUUUACAUCUUUCAAA